AUGCCGAGUGAGCUAUUGUCCGUUCAACAGCAACCCAUUCCUAAAAUAAAAUCCCUCAAAGGAAUAGCUAAUCACCGUUGUUAUCAUGACUUAUCAACCCACGAUGGUAAAAUCAAAUCCACUCAGAAACAAACGAAUCAUAGGAACAAUUAUCAACCUUUGAGACUGACAGAGGCUCAAAAAAUCAGAAGUGAUGCUACUAGAAUCAAUAAAUCGUUAAACGUUCUUCCAACCAAAGCAAGUCCUUUAAAGUUUAUAGACAUUUAUUAUUCAAACAACAAUUGUUAUAUCUUGAAAAUUUAUAAUGAUUUUGCAUUAAUGGCGAUGAAGAAUUUCAACAAGGAUCAAUUUAUUACUAAAUUCACAGGAAGUGGGAUACAAUGUGUGCAAUUUAUUGAAAGAAACACUUUAGCCAAUGAAUUAUAUAUAGAGUUUUGUUCUGAAAGGUCUUUAAGCCCUUCUGAAAUGACCGUAUUCAUUAGCAGAAAGGAGAAUCCUAAUUGUUACAUAAUUAAGACUUUUGAUUCGGGACAAGUCAUUUUAAGCGUUUAUGCCAAGAGUGAUGUUGAUGUAGGAGAAGAACUUUCAAUUGGAACAAUUUGGUCAAGUAUAAAUUCGGGACCUUGUAUCAAUGGAUUAAUUAACAGUCGAAGAGAUUGGUUUAAGGAUUUGACAUUAACUGAUAUUAAAAAUGACAUUUACCAAAAUAUUUCAAUUUAUUUGAACACAGAGGAAAGAUAUUAUAUGAAUAACGAUCCCGAUCUUUUAGUAGAAACUGCUACAUUAGAAAAUGAAAUUCUGGAACAUUUUCUUGGUUAUCGGUAUAACCGAGUUUCAAUUGAUGAUUUGGUAGAAGUGACGAUUAAAUUAUUUAAAUUAAAUUUUAAUGAUAAAGAAUUCAUUAAAUACACAAUAUCGUGUUUAAAUAAUCAUGUUAGUAUUAGCCAAAAAGUAUCUAUUUUAUUCAAUACUUGCAGACUAUUUAUGCUUUGGUGGAAUGAUAUCAAAGAGUUAACAAUAGCAUCUAAAUCAGAAAGGUUUGCGGUUUGUUGGUCUUUAUCAUUCAAUGGAAUGAUGGAAGUAUAUAUGAAUGCUGAAGCAUGGGCAAAAAAUUUAGCAAUUUCUUUUGAUAAAUUUAGUGAAUAUCUUUGGCAAUGCUUAGAAGCUAUUGGGUGGGAAACCGUAACUACUGUUACUUCUUAUAAUUAUUUUCUUUUUCAAUUAUCUAAUACUUAUGGUAUUUAA